GGGGGCGAUGGUGCCGGUUCCCAUAGCGAUGGGGCCCGGGUGCCUUCUGCUCGCCGCCGCCGCCGCCGCCGCCUGCCUGCUGACCGCUCCGGUGCCGGUCGGGGCCCAGGAGCUGGCCAGGUGCGGGCAGCGGGAUCGCUUCGAGGAAGAGCUGGUGCUGAAGCCGCUGAGCACCGGGGAUGUGGCGGCGGAUUUCCAGUUCCGGACCCGCUGGGAUGUGGAUCUGGAGCAGAGAGAGGCCCAGGCACUGAAAGUCUCUCACUACAGGCUGUUCCCCAAGUCACUAGGCCAGGUGAUCUCUAAGUAUUCGGUUCGUGAGCUGCACCUCUCCUUCACGCAAGGCUUCUGGAGGAGGAGAGGGUGGGGGCAGCCUUUCCAGCAAGCCCCACCAGGCGCUGAACUCUGGGUUUGGUUCCAGAAGUCUGUAUCGAACAUUGACACUACCUGGAAGGAGCUAACCAACGUUCUGUCAGGACUGUUUUGUGCUUCUCUUAAUUUUAUUGAUUCCACAAACACCGUCACUCCCACAGCCUCUUUCAAACCUCUCGGCAUCAUUAAUGCUACAGACCAUAAAUACCUGAGGUACUCAAUCCUCCCGAGAGAGGUGGUCUGCACUGAAAACCUUACCCCCUGGAAGAAGCUCCUACCUUGCGGUUCAAAGGCAGGGCUGGCAGUGCUGCUGAAGGCUGAGCGAUUGUUUCACACCAGUUACCAUUCACAAGCUGUCCACGUGCGGCCUGUUUGCAGGGAUGACCUGUGCUCCAGUACCUCUUUGGAGCUGACACAGAGUCUCUCUGUGGUCUUCGAUCUGUACGCCAGUGGCUUUGCAAAGAAAGAAUGGUCAUUGUUUAAGAUGUUUUCACGCACACUGACGGAGGUGUGCCCCCUGGCUUCUCAAAGUACAAUUUAUGUGGACCUCACUGACGCAGAUAAGGAGAAUGAGAUGUAUGAGCUGACCCCAACGCCACUGUCUCAAAUUAGGACAACACUUCAUGGCCAGUGGAGAUCCUACGCAGUGUACGACCUGCUGAACCCGCAGCUGUACAGCACACCGUCCCAAUCCCUAAACAUAGCCCUGAAAGGGAAACCAGCUAAGCAGUACAGGGAGCCUGUUGUGCCUGCUCUCCACGCUGAGCGAUACGUUAGCGGGUACGGCCUUGAGAAAGGCAGAGUCAACACUUUGAUCUACAAUAACCAUCCUUACCGAGGCUUCCCCAUUCUGUUGAUGGAAACUGUGCCCUGGUACCUCCGCCUGUACAUUCACACGCUCAGCAUCACCACCCGGGGCAAGGAGAACAAACCAAGUUUUAUCCAUUACCAGCCAGCCAAAGACCGGGAGCGCUCCCACCUGCUGGAGAUGCUGAUUCAACUGCCAGCCAACUCUGUCACGAAGAUCAGCAUUGAGUUUGAGAGAGCGCUAUUGAAAUGGACAGAGUACCCCCCUGAUGCCAAUCACGGCUUCUACGUGGGCUCCUCAGUACUGAGUGCACUGGUCCCCAGCAGUGUAACCAUGCAAGCGAAUGGCACCAAAAGCAGACCUAACUUCACCAAACUGUUCCCCUCCAGUGACUCCUCCAGUUACUUUGUCAGAAUCUACACCGAGGCGCUGCUGGUGAAUUUGCCGACACCUGAUUUCAGUAUGCCAUACAAUGUCAUCUGCCUGACCUGCACUGUGGUGGCUGUUGGCUAUGGCUCCCUCUACAAUCUUCUCACCAGGACUUUCCAGAUCGCUGAGCCUUCUGACGGGCUGGCAAAGAAGAUCGCCAACGUAAUCCGAAGAAUGCGUGGAGUCCCAGUGCUCUGAGCCAGUCACACACAGUCAUCACAGUCAGUGAGGCAACCGUUUAUCACAACAGUUCAUGUUACGAGUUGGGUGAACCCCAACUUCACCUGGUAUAAUGAUUUCCUUGGGGUGGAAUUAAGAACCCAACACCCCCCAGUCAAAUGAAUGAGAAGAUGAUAUCUGGAAAUACUUGACUCUUACAGUUCUACUGUAUUGCCCAGGGCAAAUGGACCUGCUUGCUCUGAAGUGUGGAUGAUGCCACUUUGCCCACAAAAUACAGUCACUCCACUUUACAAUACAUUCUGUGAAGUGCUUUGAUGUCUCAACGAUGUGAUGAGGUGCUAUAUCAAAUACUAGGAUGAUGAUUAUUAUUGUAAUACCCACUGGAGAAUAUUGGUGUUGGUGGAAAGGCAGUGCAGUACAAAGCAUUUGUAUGGCCAAGUAAGAAGAAAACAUUGUACAGUGACUGAAUUGGUUCUCUGUGGUGUAACCUUAAUGGGGUAUAUAAUUACUAGGGGCCUGGCAGCUCACAGAGCUUUGUAUUUUGAGCCCUGCUCUCAGGGCACUCUGGUAGUCUGAAAGACCAUCAGGGAAGCACUGGCUUUAGCUGUCUAUUUGUUUUUUCAGAAAUGAUCUUGUAACACAGAACCGUAUUUGCAUUGGUGACUGCCCAGCAGAUUUUAAGAACUAAAACAAGGGAAUAAGGAAUGCAGCAUGAGUAAGAUGUUUUUGAUGAUUAAUUUCCUGAUAAAGGUUGGACCGAA